GUCCAGCGCCGACCAGAUGCCGAGGGAGCGGAGGAAGAACGAGAACGCGCUGUUCAGCGCCAUCUUCCCGAGCAGCAGGGACAGGCUCUCCACCAUGGAGAUCAACAACAACAUCGUCGGCGCAAGCAAGUUCAGCUUCGACCAUGUAUUUCUGGGAUCAUCGGAUUUUUGGCGUCCUACAUUGCCUCCAUCGGCUUGCUUG